UCAGAGGUCAACGAGGAACACGAGGUCAGACAGAUCGAAACAGCAUCCAGGAAACCACAUGCAGAAGAAAAAGCAAUCAGACCAGAAGACCUGUUUAAAACUCCAGCUGAAGGAGAUGUACCAACCAGGAUGGUGAUGACGAAGGGAGUAGCCGGCAUCGGGAAAACAAUCUUAACUCAGAAGUUCACUCUGGACUGGGCUGAAGACAAAAGCAACCAGGACAUCCAGUUCACAUUUCCAUUCACCUUCAGAGAGCUGAAUGUUCUGAAGGAGGAAAAGUUCAGCUUGGUGGGACUCGUCCAUCGCCUCUUUUCUGAAACCAAAGACAUCUGCAGCUUUGAAGAGUUCAAGGUUUUGUUCAUCUUUGAUGGUCUGGACGAGUGUCGACUUCCUCUGGACUUCCAGAACAAUGAGGUCCUGACAGACGUAUCAAAGCCCACCUCGCUGGAUGUCCUGCUGACAAACCUCAUCAGGGGGAACCUACUUCCUUCUGCUCUUCUCUGGAUCACCACCCGACCCGCAGCAGCCAAUCAGAUCCCUCCUGAGUGUGUUUCCAUGGUGACAGAAGUCAGAGGGUUCACUGACCCACAGAAGGAGGAGUACUUCAGGAAGAGGAUCAGAGAUGAGGAGGAGGCUAAAACGGUCAUCUCACACAUCAAGACAUCACGGAGCCUCCACAUCAUGUGCCACAUCCCGGUCUUCUGCUGGAUCACUGCUACGGUCCUGGAGAAAGUGUUGAAAACCAAAGAUGGUGGAGAGCUGCCAAAAACCCUGACUGAGAUGUACAUCCAUUUCCUGGUGGUCCAGACCAAAGUAAAGGUGGUCAAGUAUGAUGGAGGGUGUGGGAUGGAUCCACACUGGAGUCCAGAGAACAGGAAGAUGAUUGAGGCUCUGGGAAAACUGGCUUUUGAGCAGCUGCAGGAAGGAAACCUGAUCUUCUACGAAUCAGACCUGUCAGAGUGUGGCAUCGACAUCAAAGCAGCCUCAAAGUACUCAGGAGUCUUCACAGAGAUCUUCAAAGAGGAGAAAGGACUGUACCAGGCCAAGGUGUUCAGCUUCAUACAUCUGAGUGUUCAGGAGUUUCUGGCUGCUCUUCAUGUCCAUCUGACCUUCAUCAACUCUGGGGUCAAUCUGUUGAGGGAAAAAUCAGAGUCAGAGACAAAACCAUCAACGUGGACACAUGUCUACGAGACUGCUGUGAACGAGGCUUUAAAGAGUCCAAACGGACACCUGGACCUGUUCCUCCGCUUCCUCCUUGGCCUCUCACUGAACACCAAUCAGAAACUCCUACAAGGCCUGAUGACACAGACAGGAAGUUUGUCACAGACCAUUCAGGAAACAGUCCAGUACAUCAAGAAGAAGAUUGAUGGGAAUGUGUCCACAGAAAAGAACAUCAAUCUGUUCCACUGUCUGAAUGAGCUCCACGACAAGUCCCUUGUGGAGGAGAUCCAGCAGUCGCUGACAUCAGGACGUCUCUGCACAGAUAAACUGUCUCCUGCUCAGUGGUCAGCCUUGGUCUUCCUCUUACUGUCUUCAGAAGAAGAUCUGGAUGUUUUUGACCUGAAGAAAUACUCAACUUCAGAGGAGGCUCUUCUGAGACUGCUGCCAGUGGUUAAAGCUGCUAAUAAAGCUCUCAUCUACAACCUCUCAGACAGAACCUGCAAAGCUCUGUCGUCAGUCCUCAGCUCCCCGUCCUGUUGUCUGAGAAAGCUGGACCUGAGUAACAACAACCUGAAGAAACCAGGACUGAAGCGUCUGUCUACUGGAUUCAGGAGUUCCACGUGUAAACUGGACACCCUGAGGCUGAGCUUCUCCAACCUCUCAGAGGGAAGUUGUGAAGCUCUGUCCUCGGUUCUCAGCUGCCAGUCCUCUGGUCUGAGAGAUCUGGACCUGAGUAACAACAACCUGCACGAUUCUGGAGUCAAGCGGCUGGCGGCUGGUCUGGGAAGUCCACACUGCAGACUGGAAACUCUCAGGCUCUCAGGUUGUCUGGUCACAGAGGAAGGCUGUGUUUCUCUGGCCUCGGCUCUGGACUCCAACCCCUCCCACCUGAGAAAGCUGGACCUGAGCUACAACCACCCAGGAGACUCGGGGCUGAAGUGUCUGUCUGCUAAAGUGAAGGAUCCACACUACAGACUGGACACUCUCAGGGUGGAGCCUGCUGGAGUCCAGUGGUUGAAACCAGGUCUGAUGAAGUACUCCAGAAAACUCAGACUGGAUACAAACACAACCAACAGGUUCCUCCGACUGUCUGACAACAACAGGAAGGUGUUUUACGUGGAAGUGGAUCAGUCCCACGCAGAUCAUCCAGACAGGUUUGACAAGUUUCAUCAGGUCCUGUGUGAAGAUGCUCUGGCUGGUCGCAGCUACUGGGAGGUCCAGUGGGCAGGAGAGACUGAUGUAGCAGUGAGUUACAGGCGAAUCAGAAGGAAAGGAGACAUUGAUUGCGUAUUUGGAAGGAACAACUGCUCCUGGAGUCUGGACUGCUCUCAUGAGGGGUUCUCUGUCCGUCAUGACAACAGAGAAACAUCCAUACUUUCCCCCUCCUUGUUCUCCCACGGCUCCAUCAUCUCUAAGAGGGUGGCCGUGUACGUGGACUAUCCUGCUGGCACCCUGUCCUUCUACAGCGUCGUCUCUGACACACUGAUCCACCUCCACACCUUCAACACCACCUUCACAGAGCCUCUUCAUCCUGGUUUUGGAGUCUGGUAUCACAGCGCUGGUUCUUAUGUCAGACUGUUUUCUCUGUUGAGUGACAGACAAAGACUAUCUACGUCUUAGACCGGAUGGUUCAGGACAAACCUGAUCUCUCAGUUCCGUUGAAUGCAGUGUCAGAUCAAUAUCACCAGCACCGUUUUUAAUCUAAAUCUAACGGUAAACAUGAGUGUCGGUUAGGUUUGAUGGUUCUGUGAUCAUAAUUUUAUUAACGCUAAUGAUCAUGCUUGUAUUUUACUAUGGAUCAUGUCUGAUACUCUUAAAACUGCAGGUAUUGGAAUUGUGAAUAGGAAAUACGUCUGAUGUGCACGCAUCAGUUAUAAAACAACUUUACAUGAUUUAAAAAGAGGAGUCUUUUGCAGAACUCCGACGCAAACUACUUUUACAUUUACAGGACACGCAGCAGCAGUUUGUUGCGGCUGUAACUGUCUUGUUUAGGAUGAGCGUAAAUAUUCCUCAAGUGGUUACGGCAUCAAAAAUUAGCACUGUGAAAAAAAAGGGACCAUCAAUCUGAGAAAGACUUAUUGUGGCCAGUAAAAACACAAUCUUGUUUUAUGAUGAAUUUAUGAAUUUUUUGUACCCUUUGUCUGUUGUGCUAUGGACCUUGUGUCCUUAAUAAAGUUUAUUAUUAUUAUUAUUAUGAUUACAUGGCAUCUACAUUAAACUUUCCCUUUGGGGGUCAUUUAAGUAUCCGUUCAAUAAUAUUUAUGGUAUUGCACAUGUUUUUAACUUUAAUUUCUUUAACUUUAAUUUCAUCACCACUUGAAAUAUUUUGCACCAAAACUGUUUGAGAUGUAUUACCUUUGCUUUCUUUUAUUGAUUUAUUUGUGUUUGUGUGUCAGAAAAUCUGACAAAAUAUUAACACGUCAGUUAUUACAUUAAAGUGCAUAAAGCUGAUAACUAAACUGGCCUCGUUGUUGCUCAUGAAUAAAA